UACUUUGCUAAACUCAGCUGUUUCCUAUCAGGUGAUUUUGACAUUCUUAUCUUCUUUCAGAUUAAACAAAAUCUGUUACAGCAUCGUUCAUAUCAUACGCCUGACAUGGAAGAAUGUAUACAUAUGUACAUUAGUUAUGCGCCAGUGUGAUUAUUGGUAUAAAGGGCUACUGUAGAGCCUUUUAAUAAUUUUCUCAUUUAAUUAACAAAAUAGACGUAUCAAUGCAUCUUUCUUGAUACAUAAGAACAUAAAGAUGACGACUGAAGAAUAUGAUACAGAAAUGGAUUAUUCCGAUUCUGAUUGUGGAGAUCCAGGUUACGAGGAUUAUUAUAAUGUACACCCAUGGGAUGGAGAAGGUGACAAUGACAUAGAUAAUGAUCAAAGUAGAAGAGAUCCUGAAUAUGCUGUAUAUGACUGUUUAAGAAUUGAGGAAGUGGAAAGACUUUUGAAUGAGGACGUAGAAUCAUUAAGUAAUAGUCUUCACAUAACACCAUCUUUAGCCAAAGUUUUAUUACACGCACAUAAUUGGGCAUUACAAGAUAUCAUUGCAAAAUACCGUACCAACGCUUCCAGUUUGUUUAUCAAUUCAAAAAUAAAACCGUUGCCUCCACUGGAUUCAUUAUCAGGACUAAAAAGUCAAAGAAGUGGAUUAUGUUCUGUUUGUGUUGCAAUUCAAUCAGCUGAGAAAUUUUCUACUCUAACAUGUGGACAUUCAUUUUGUAAAGACUGUUGGUGCAUGCAUUUUGAAGUACAAAUAAGCCAAGGUAUUUCUACAGGAAUAAGCUGCAUGGCACAAGACUGCAAUGUCUUAGCUCCAGAGGACUUUGUUUUAUCUUUACUUACUAAACCUAACAUGAGAGAAAGGUAUCAACAAUUUGCUUUUUGUGAUUAUGUAAAGUCUCAUCCACAAUUAAGGUUUUGUCCUGGACCCAAUUGUCAAAUGAUUAUGCGUUCAAAAGAGCAAAGGGCAAAAAGAGUGAUGUGUUCAUCAUGUAAAACUGUAUUUUGCUUCCGAUGUGGUAUCGAUUAUCAUGCCCCCACUGAUUGUAAUACUAUGAAAAAGUGGUUAACAAAGUGUGCAGAUGAUUCAGAAACAGCUAAUUAUAUUAGUGCCCACACCAAAGAUUGCCCAAAAUGCCAUAUUUGCAUAGAAAAAAAUGGUGGUUGCAAUCAUAUGCAAUGUUAUAAUUGCAAAUAUGAUUUUUGUUGGAUGUGCCUUGGAGAUUGGAAAGCACAUGGAAGUGAAUAUUAUGUAUGUUCACGAUAUAAAGAGAAUCCUAAUAUUGCUCAUGAAAGUGUUCUUGCACAAGCAAGAGAAGCUCUUAAAAAAUAUCUUCAUUACUAUGAAAGAUGGGAAAAUCACAGUAAGUCGUUAAAAUUGGAAGAACAAACUCUAGAAGCCAUAAAAAUGCAAAUAAAUAAGAAAGUAAUGAACUAUAGCGGGACAUGGAUAGAUUGGCAACAUUUAUUUGCAGCUGCUUCACUUCUAACACGGUGUCGUUACACUUUACAAUAUACUUAUCCUUAUGCUUAUUAUAUGGAACCUGGACCACGUAAAGAAUUGUUCGAAUAUCAGCAAGCACAAUUAGAGGCAGAAAUAGAAGAUCUUUCUUGGAAAAUAGAACAUGCAGAAACAACAAAUCGCGGAGAUUUGGAAAAUCAAAUGGAUAUUGCUGAGAAACGUCGAGUCACUUUGCUGAAGGACUUCCUUGAGGUAUAAGUAUCAAGCGUUCGUGAAUAUUUUGUUAUGUCAGUACAGCCUCUUUCACAGCCAAGCCAAACUUACGAAACAGCUAUAGUUUAGUUCUUAAAGUAUUAUAUUACAACAGCUAUUAUUUACACGUUAGUUAAUUAUUCGUCAUUAAAAAGAAAGUUUAUAAUAGUGCGUAGAAUCGUUUAAAUUGACAAUGUUUUAGAAAAUAAAAAAAAAAUGAGGUUGAAAAUCUUAUUACAAAUAGGUCUAGUAUUAAGUAUUUUUCGUUUAUUAAACGAUUUUUAAAUUAUUUUUAUCAAAGAGUUUUUACAUUUUUAUUAAACUUAAGUGUCCACAGAAAGGAGAAUUUGAUCUGUUCGUUACUUCAUUAUCUAAUCUUACAUAAAUAAAAAAUUGUAUAGAUACUUUGUUCACAGAAAAACUCAAGAAGAAGAAAGGGAGAAGGGGGAGGGAAGGGAAAGAGAAAGAGAGAGAGAAUAUCAGCGAGAAAUAACUUCUAACUGAUAGUUAAAAUUUGAUAUAGAAUGUAUGUGAUUUCCUAGUCUAAGAGUAUGUCCAUGAAUAUUGUAUAAUUACAAUGCUUUCUUUGAAAUUCAUAUUUAGAAGACCAUUUUUUUAAUGCUCAUUACGUAGCUAAAACAAAGAUGUAAAAAUUAUUGAUUUUAUGAAUUUUACAGAUUAUAACAUAUAUUUUAUCAAACGAAUUUAAAUAUGAAUUUCAUUUAUUCUAAUUCAAUGAGUCCCUUAAUUUCUUUUCAAAGCAUUACUAUCAUUGAGAAACGUUUUACCAACGAGAUCGGCUGAAAAUAAAAAAAGAAAAAGAAGAGAAAAACACAAAUAGCCUAACAAUUUAAUUAGGUAUCAAUAAAAGAUACCUUUAUUAUGUAAAUAUCGUACUAAUGUAAAACGAUGUGACAUUUUCUAUAAUUAGACUUAAGGUGCAUGCAACGAUCAAUCCGUUAAAGAAACGUAACGAAAUUUUUUUCCAACUAUUUAUACAUGAGAAUACAUUAGAAUAGGUAUGACCGAUCUUUUAAUAAAGAGUCCCAUUUAACGGCCAUUGUGGAAAAUAAAUGUAACAAUUAAUAUAUCACUAAAAAAUAAACUUUACCGCAGCAAUUGUA